CGCCAAGGUGGGGCUGAGAGCUGAAGCCCGGCCUCGCACCCACCCGUCCCCGCGCUCUGCCGAGGCGUCCGCGGGCUUGUUUCUCCUCCUAGUUUGUGAUCCGGCCGAGAUCUCGCGCGUUGACCCCCAUGGCGGGAGUGGAGGCCGCUACGGCGCAGCUGGAUUCGCUGGAAUUCCACGGCUUCGGCGUGGAGCAGGACCGAGGCCAAGCGGCGCCGACCCCGGACUCGAUCCCUCACCCAGAGCCAACCGCGCCGCUGGCGGCCGAUCGGGAGGCCCCGGACACCGGGCAGGCCACCCCAGCGCAGCUUCCCCGGGAGCAGUUGCCGCCGCCGGCGCCCAACCCCGAGCAACACCCCAUGCCGCUGGCAGAAGUCGUGCCCGGCGGCAACUGCGUCAUGGGCCCCGGCGCCCCGCUCCUGGCGCGCACCGGCGAGUCCUGGGAGACCUCGGACUCCGAUUCCGAUUCAGACAGUGAAACAGAUUCCGAUAGUUCAAGCUCCUCAUCUACUUCAUCAUCUUCAUCAUCUUCGUCCUCCCGUAUGCCUAUGCCACUUCCUCUAGCACUAUCAGAUGGGGAAGAUAAUUUACAAGUUGAGAAGGAAAAUAAGACUUUUCCCCUCAAAACAAAAGAUGAGUUACUUCUUAACGAACUUCCAUCUGUUGAAGAACUUACUAUUAUCCUGCCUGAAGAUAUUGAAUUAAAGCCUCUUGGAAUGGUUUCAAGUAUUAUUGAACAAUUAGUUAUAAUUGAAUCUAAAACUAACCUUCCUCCAGUUAAUGAGGACACUGUAAUUUUUAAAAGUGAUCGACAUGCAGCAGGAAAGAUAUUUGAGAUUUUUGGACCUGUUGCACAUCCAUUUUAUGUGUUACGGUUUAAUUCCUCAGAGCAUAUUGAGAGUAAAGGUAUCAAAAUAAAGGAAACCAUGUAUUUUGCUCCAUCAAUGAAAGACUUCACCCAAUAUAUAUUCACAGAAAAACUUAAGCAAGAUAGAGGAUCAGAUGCAUCUUGGAAGAAUGAUCAGGAACCACCACCAGAGGCCUUAGAUUUUAGUGAUGAUGAAAAGGAAAAAGAAGCCAAACAGAAGAAAAAAGCUCAGGUUCAAGGCAGGAAAAAAUUCAAACAAGAACCAGGUGAAGAUGAUUCUGAAGUCCACCAAAACUGGAACGCUCAUGGCUCAACUUCAGAGCCUCCAAAAGGAUUUCGCAAUCGAGAAUUCUCACGAGGCUUUUCCCGAGGCAGAUACCCUCAAUCCUGCCGUGUUCGGCCCCCACCUCAGCAGUUUUAUAACUCGGAACAUAUGGUAUCUCAGGACACUGCUGGAUAUCCGACUCAAAGUCCAGAUAACCCCUUGCUGCCACAAUAUCCCUUUCCUCCUCCAGUGUUCGACAUGCAGAGCUUCCCCUUCCCUCCGCCGCCUGUGCCACCACCUUAUCCACCUGCAUCUGGGAACCUGGGCUGGCCCUCAUCUAACCUGGCCCCUCAUGGGCUGCUUCCUUUAUCCUACUCCCUUCCCCCACCACCUCCCCCUCCACCCCCGCCUCCAUCUUCCGGAGACAGUAAUUCUCAUUUUGGGCCUUACUAUUAGAUCUGUGUAUGCAUUUCUAGAGAAAUGUAGAGUUUUUAUAUUAUUUGGGACAGGCUUGUUUGCUUUUUUAUUUUUUAAGAAAGUAGCAUGGAGCUAGAUUUUAAAAACAAUGUUAAAAUACUAAAUGACAGACUACUCUAGUUGUAUAUUGGUAUAUAUUUGUAACAUUUGUGAAAUUGUAUUUCCGUGAGAAUUUCACUUCAAGUUCCUG